AUGCGUAUUCAAGAUGAACGAGACAUGUCUCGUAGCUCAAGUGGAAUGCUUGGAAUGGGUGGUGUGCCAAAUUAUCGAGCUACUGCAAAGCAAGCGACAAAGCCACCAUCAAAGAAAAAGGAAAUCAAGAAACCAACAUUAAUAAGAAAUAUGGGCGUGGCAGACACCGUUAAAGGCAAGUAUACACAUUACCAUUUCAUAUAUGCGUUUGGUGAUAUGGUCUAUAAUCCAAUACUUCAAGUUUGGGAAGGAAACGAAGCUAUGCUAUCUGAUUUUGAAAAGGCAGUUGUAACACCACAUCGACCUGCUUUGAUUCAGAAUAUUGCUGCCUCGAAUUUGAAAGCUGAAUCGAUUGGUGGAAUGGUAUUUGAUCCAGACAAGAUGUGCUGGAUUGGAAACGAAGAGGAAGCAGAUGUAUUUGCAGAAAUUGAAAUGGAUAUUCCAGAUUGUUCCGAUUCAGUUUGCACCAAGUCUACAGCCUUUUCUUUAUCCAAGGCAACUAGUGAGGGACUAUAUAUAUCCGAAGCAUUUCAUAAACUUUUCAUGGGAGUCUGGUAUCCACGCGUUGUACAAGAUCGACGAUUAGUUAUGCGUGAUAUGUCUAAAGCGCAUCUAUAUGAAAUUCGAACUAUUCUUGAGCACCAAUAA